AAUCAUGUGCUAGAUGGAUCCUCUCUCGAUCGAGAGUUUCAUCCUUUUGCUGUGUUCUCCACAGUCCACACCUUCAAGUUCAACCAUUAAUUUCCACAGCCUACAUUGCUUUCUCAGAAGGGAUCAGAAUCCUUGGCUCUUCUUAUCUAUCAGCUCAGCUACUCGAUUGAACCCACGUGGCAACGAUCCACCCUUUUGGGAGAUAAUUGGUAGAAACAUCGGAGACGUGGCGAACACAGUCCCCAAAUCCAUACCUUAAAAUUUCUCUCUCUCUCUCACUCACUCCCUCCUCGUGCACACAUUUACUGUGGUCUCUCAGCUAUCUCUCAACACCAUCUGUCUGUUCUUUCUGGGGAGCGAGGAGGAAGAAGAAGAAGCAGAAGAGAGAAGAUGGCUUUAGCAGUGAAGGCGUUACCUUUCACGUUUGUGGCGCACGCGAUUGCGGUCGUGGCUGCAGUCAUGGUUUUGGUUUGGUGCAUCCACUUCAGAGGCGGCUUAGCUUGGGAGGAUACCAACAAAAACCUCAUCUUCAAUCUUCACCCCGUGCUGAUGUUGAUCGGCCUUAUUAUCAUAGGAGGCGAAGCUAUAAUAAGCUACAGGUCUCUCCCUCUGAAGAAAGAAGAGAAGAAACUCAUCCACCUGGUUCUCCAUGCCAUUGCACUCAUCCUCGGAAUCAUUGGCAUCUACAUGGCAUUCAAAUUCCACAACGAGAGUGGCAUUGCCAACCUUUACAGUUUGCAUUCCUGGCUUGGCAUCCUCGUCAUUUCCCUCUAUGGCAUCCAGUGGAUAUAUGGAUUCAUCAUCUUCUUCUACCCCGGUGGUUCGAGCACCCUUAGGAGCGCGUCCCUUCCCUGGCACGUGCUGCUCGGGCUGUUUGCAUUCGUGUUGGCAGUCGGCACUGCAGCAAUUGGGUUCCUUGAGAAGCUGACAUUCCUUCAGAACUCCGGGCUAGCUAAGUACGGGUCCGAGGCUUUGCUUGUGAACUUCACUGCCGUGGUCACCAUUCUGUACGGUGCCUUCGUCAUACUGUCUGUAGCCGGUCAGAAGCAGGCUGAAGAUGACUUCUAUACAGCCAUAUGAGUGACCUAGAGAAUGUGGUUUGUGUAUUGGAGGAGGGAAACGGACGAGACUUGAUCUGGUAAUAUUGGGUCGUGCUUAUGCGUAGUCCAAAUUCCACGGUUUCAUGUAAAAUUAGCACGAUGGAUCCUCUAUUUUAGAGCUUAUUUCUAUGUGUAUAUUUGGCCAUUGUGAUUCUCUUGUCCUACAGCAGAAGUCAGGAGACAGGAAUCGAAAUUUUGCAAGAAAAGGGAAGCUCGGUGAUGUUCACAAAUAAAGGGAUUUUUUUUUUCAUUUUGGG